AUGUGCACAUCCUGCCUGCGCACAGUGAGGGCCGUGAGCCAAAGGGUAGUGACCCACGCCAUCAAGCCCACGGCCGCCACGCGCAAUGCGACACGUGCCUACACGCACGCCGCCACGCCGCUGUACCUCGACUUCCUCCUGCCCGCUGGCCUGCUGCCGACCGCGAAGCCCUGUUCGUCGUUCCAGAAGAGCGCUCAAAGUCGCACACUGCCGCGCUCCCCCCGCCGCCACCUAGCCACCACCGCCGACCCCUCCGCCGCGACCCCCGCUCGCGCCGUCGUCAACCCGCGCACCGACGACGCCGGCAACCCGAUGACCAUGUCCAUCUCGCCCCGCGCAUCGCACCGUCUGCACUCGAUCGCGCAAAAAGACAGCAACCCGCACUCUGCGCUGCGCGUCAGCAUCGAGUCCGGCGGCUGCCACGGCUUCCAGUACCUGAUGGCGCUGACGGACCUGAGCAAGGAGCCCGCGGGCGAGGACGACACGGUGUUCGAAGGCGCGCGCGGCGAGAAGGUGGUCGUGGACGAGAGCUCGCUGGAGCUGCUGAACGGGAGCACGGUCGAUUACACCAUGGAGUUGAUUGGCAGCCAGUUCAAGGUCACGGGCAUUCCGGGCGCGACGAGUAGUUGUGGGUGUGGGACGAGCUUUGAUAUCAAGCUGGAUUGA